AUGCUGACGAGAUUUCAACGACAACUUGUGACCAUCAAACAUUAUAAUUUAAUGACCAUCAAAAGAGAGAUGUCCAGUAGUAAUAACGAAAUUGAUGAGGGCAACAGUAAUACUGACUCCCAAAGCACGUCUGAGUUAUCUGAAUUUGAGACAUAUCUAUUACAUGAUAAAGCAAGAGCUAGACAAGAAAAAUUAUUCAAACAAAUUAAUCAGAAUAAAAGAGCUAAAAGAGACAAUUCUAAAAUAACCCAAACAGAAUUGCGUGAUAAGGCUGGAUUUAAGUUAAAAGUGGCUAAUACAAAUUCCAAUAGGAAUAAACAAGAGGAUCCAGAGUUUGAGGUUAGAAUUGAAGGACCGUUGAGGAAAAUUACCCCAUACUUAUUUACGUAUAAAACAUUUUGUAAAUUGAGAUGGAGAGAUCGUAAAUUAAUUGAUGUGUUUGUUAACGAAUUUAGAGAUAGAGAAGAAAGUUACUACAUCAAAACAAUUGCUGCAGGUAAAGUAUUUUUAAACAAUGAACCAGCAAAUUUAGAUAGUGUUAUUCGAAAUGGUGAUUAUAUCACACAUCAGAUCCAUCGUCAUGAACCACCAAUAACCAGUAGGCCAAUAAAAACCGUAUUUGAGAAUGAUGAUAUUUUGGCUAUUGAUAAACCAAGUGGAAUUGCUGUUCACCCUACAGGUAGAUUUAGAUUUAAUACUAUAACAAAAAUCUUAAGAAAAAAAUUAGGAUAUUCAGUUCAUCCAUGUAAUAGAUUAGAUAGAUUAACAAGUGGCUUAAUGUUUUUAGCAAAGACUCCGAAGGGAGCUGAUGAAAUGGGAGAUCAACUAAAGGCUAGAGAAGUUACAAAAGAGUAUAUUGCUCGUGUUGUUGGGGAAUUUCCAAUUGAAGAAACUGUUGUAGAGCUACCGCUAAGAUCAAUCGAUCCAAGAGUAUCAUUAAAUGCUGUUUGUAAAGGUAAUGACGAAAAUGCAAAACAUGCUAAAACUAUUUUUAGUAGAAUUAGUUAUGACGGAAAAACUAGUGUCGUAAAAUGUAAGCCAUUAACUGGUAGAACUCAUCAGAUAAGAGUUCACUUGCAAUAUCUUGGCCAUCCAAUUGCAAAUGACCCUAUAUAUUCUAAUCCAUCAAUUUGGGGCCCAUUAUUAGGAAAAGGAGGUGUGGAGGAUUAUAAAGAAAUAGCAGACAAAUUAGAUGAAAUUGGUAAAACUAAAGUGGCUGAGAGUUGGUUUUUCUCUGAUGCAGAAGGUGAAAAAUUACUUCCAGAUCAAAAAUGCGAAGUUUGUGAAACCACCCUUUACAGUGAUCCCGGUCCAAAUGAUUUAGACUUAUGGUUACAUGCAUACAGAUAUGAAUCCACUGAGUUAAAUGAAUAUGGUGAAAAGAAAUGGAGCUACCGUACUGAUUUCCCUGACUGGGCAGUUGAACCAAAUGUUAAGUAUAUGAAAAUGGCAUUAGAAGAAGCCAGAAAAUGUGGACCAACAAGGACAGCAUUCAAUGUAGGUGCAGUACUUGUAAACGGUACUACAAUAUUGUCAACUGGUUAUUCAAGAGAAUUACCAGGAAACACACAUGCUGAACAAUGUGCUCUUGAAAAAUAUUUUGAAAAGAAUAAUACCAAGGUCGUGCCGGAAGGAACUUCCAUUUUCACUACAGUGGAACCAUGCUCCUUACGAUUAAGUGGCAAUGAAGCAUGUUUAGAAAGGAUAAUUAAUCAAAACGGUAACAUUAGAACAGUUUUUGUAGGAACUAUGGAACCAAACAUAUUUGUUAAAAACAAUAAAAGUUUAACUAACCUAACUAAAAAUAAUAUUGAAUAUGUCAAAAUUCCAGGAUUCGAAGAGGACUGCUUACAAGUGGCAACAAUUGGCCAUGAAAAUUGA